AGCACCCGGCAUAAGGGUCCUAGCGGAGGAGUCGGCGGCAUGGGGCAGUCCGGGCGGUCCAAGCACCAGAAGCGCGCGCGCGCCCAGGCGCAGCUCCGCAACCUCGAGGCCUAUGCCGCGCAGCCGCACUCGUUCGUGUUCGCGCGCGGCCGCGCGGGUCGCGGCGUCCGGCAGCUCAGCCUGGACCUUCGUCGGGUCAUGGAGCCCCUCACCGCCACCCGCCUGCAGAUACGAAAGAAAAACACCCUGAAGGAUUGUGUGGCAGUGGCUGGGCCGCUUGGGGUCACACACUUCCUGAUUUUGAGUAAAACGGAGACAAACAUCUACUUUAAGCUGAUGCGCCUCCCAGGAGGCCCCACCUUGACCUUCCGGAUCAAUAAGUACACACUAGUGCGCGACGUGGUGUCCUCCUUGCGCCGACACCGCAUGCACGAGCAGCAGUUUGCCCACCCGCCCCUGCUGGUGCUCAACAGCUUCGGCCCCUAUGGCAUGCAAGUGAAGCUCAUGGCCACCAUGUUCCAGAACCUGUUCCCCUCCAUCAAUGUGCACAAGGUGAACCUAAACACCAUCAAGCGCUGCCUUCUCAUCAACUACAAUCCUGACUCCCAGGAGCUAGAUUUCCGUCAUUAUAGCAUCAAAGUCGUUCCUGUGGGCGCGAGUCGUGGAAUGAAGAAGCUUCUACAGGAGAAGUUCCCCAACAUGAGCCGUCUACAAGACAUCAGCGAGCUGCUAGCCACGGGCGCUGGGCUGUCCGAGAGUGAGGCAGAGCCCGAUGGGGAGCACAACAUCACCGAGCUGCCCCAGGCCGUCGCGGGCCGCGGCAACAUGCGGGCCCAGCAGAGCGCUGUGCGGCUCACGGAGAUUGGGCCUCGGAUGACGCUGCAGCUCAUCAAAAUCCAGGAGGGUGUUGGGGAGGGGAACGUGCUGUUCCACAGUUUCGUGCACAAGACCGAGGAGGAGCUACAGGCCAUCCUGGCAGCCAAGGAGGAGAAGCUACAGCUCAAGGCCCAGAGGCAGGCCCAGCAGGCCCAGAAUGUCCAGCGCAAGCGGGAGCAGCGGGAGGCACACAGGAAGAAGAGCCUGGCAGGCAUAAAGCGGGCACGGGCAGAGGCCAGUGGGGAUAGUGAUGCUGAGGACCCCGGUGCCCCCCCUGAGACGGAGGGUUCUGGCCAGCGAGAGGAAGAGGAGGAUGAAGCCGAGUAUUUCCGCCAGGCAGUGGGAGAGGAGCCUGAUGAGGACAUGUUCCCGAAGGCAGCCAAACAAAGACGGCCUGCUGGGCCCCUGGGCAAGAAGCAGCGAGGAAGGGAGCAGAGGCCAGAUCGCAGUGUCACACCCUGCCCAGCCAACUUCUCAGCGGCUGCCAACCGCAUCCUCAGCCGUUUCCAGGAAGACUUUCUGUGGCCCGUGCUGGCGGCUGAGUUCCUGGUGGCCACAGCCAGCAACGGCUUCGCCUUAUACCGCUUUGGCACCCGGGAGCGGCGCCCGUGGCGCCCGGCCGUGGUCUUCUCGGCGCAGCUGGCCGUCAGCGACCUGCUCUACGCCCUGACGCUGCUGCCGCUGGCCGCCUACCUCUACCCGCCCAAAAACUGGCAGUACGGGGAACUCGCGUGCCGCCUGGAGCGCUUCCUCUUCACCUGCAACUUGCUGGGCAGCGUCCUCUUCAUCACCUGCAUCAGCCUGAACCGCUACCUGAGCGUCGUCCACCCCUUCUUCACCCGCAGCAGCCUGCAUGCCUGGCACGCCUGGGCGGUCAGCGCUGCCGGCUGGGUGUUGGCCGCCCUGCUGGCCGCGCCCACGCUCAGCUUCUCCCGCCUGAAGGGGCCGCAGGAGGAAGGCAACUGCUCCGUGACCAGGCCGGAGGCCUGCACCAAGUGCCUGGGGACAACAGACCACCAGCUCGAGGCCUACAGGGUGUACAGCCUGGUGCUGGCCACCGUGGGCUGCGGCCUGCCGCUGCUGCUCGCCCUGGCGGCGUACGGCGCCCUUGGGUGGGCCGUGCUGCACAGCCACGGCACGACGGCGGCCGAGAAGCUGCGGGUGGCAGUGCUGGUGGCCAGUGGCCUGGCCCUCUACGCCGGCUCCUACGUGCCCUACUCCGUGACGCUGGUGCUCAACGUGUACGCCCGGCAGCGCUGGAGAGCCCGCUGCCCGGACUUUGCGGACUUGGCCGAGGCCAAAGCCGCGCUGGAUCAGAGGACCUACGUGAGCCACCAGGUCAUGCGGGGCCUCAUGCCCUUGGCCAUCUGCAUCCACCCUCUGCUGUACAUGGCGGUGGCACCCAGCCUAGACUGCCGCCUAGGUCCGGGGAGCUGCAGGGAGAGCCAACGCCCUGAGGACCCUGGGAGCUCUGGCCAAGUCCUGCCCCUCAGUGACGCAGGCACCCCCAAAACCUCAGGGCCCUAGGCCCCAGAGCUGAUGACCCGGCCUAUUUUGAGCCGCUGCCCCCUGCACUGGAAUCCAGCAGCAGGAUGGGAGGCCAAGAGCACGGAAGGCCACUGGCCCUGAACCACCAACUGGCCCUGAGCCACUGCCGCCUCCGUGCUCUACAGAAAGACCUGACUGGGGACCGGCAAGUGGCCAGGGAGGACAGGCAUUUCUGCCCCGAAGCACUGGUUCUGGAGAGGGCUGGCCCCGCUAGCCGCAAAGCAGAUGACUAAACAAGGUGAAUAAACAAGACAGCAUGUGACAA